AUGCCGCGACAGGGAGAAGACAGACCCCCGCAGGGCUCAGCCCCAGGUCCGAUCGAGCCGCUCGAACAGUAUACUGAUCGACGUCCUGUUAGCCGACUCAAGGUUGGCGAGACUUUGCAAACGAUAAGACGUACAGCACAAGAUUUGUGCCGCUUUCAAGACAACGUUGGUGGCCGCUCCGCCCUCGUUCACGACUCCAAUCCCAACGAAGCGCAGAACGGCGAUGGCCGCCACAUUCGUGGUUCGACCAAGCCCCCUGGCGACGCGAGCCGUGCCGGAAACAACCCUUCAGGCUCUGAUCAUAUAAGGCUUCACCAACGGAGACCGCCCAGAGUGCCCUCCCAGGGCGUAGGCUGCCCCGCCCAGUAUCAGCACUUUCGAAAGCAUCUGAGAACCGAUAUUUCUUGUCAUCAGUGUGGUGAAAGUAGCACCCCGGAGUGGCGCCAUGGUCCGCACGGUCCAAAGACGCUCUGCAACGUCUGCGGGCUCAUAUACGCAAAACAAGAAAGCCACCGGCGUCGCGAUAAGUCAAAGUCAGAAAAUCCUAGGAAGACUCGUGCGAGAUGA